CAGAAAGAAGUCCAACUAGAUUGAGACUUUUUACUCCGGCCGGCUCUCCUCCUCUUUACUUUUCUGCGCUCUUUCUUGCCUCAAUCUGGCUAAAGUCGCGCUGGAUGGAAAUGUGCAGGAUGGAAAAGCCAGUCUGAAGAAGGGCGAGCCAACUUUUCGGAUACGAGUUUUGCGCUUUUUCAUCCAGAUGUUCGUGCUGAGUCGUGACUCUCCUCAACCGCUGGAUUAAGUUUAGGACACUGCGAAGAGUUCCCCCGAGUGAUGCCUUUUUUUUUUUUUUUUGUAUUUUGCAUUAAGGGAAGGUGCGCCGUGACACAUCGGAAUUAAGACAAGCGAGAGAGAGCAACAAGUAUCUUCGAAGUGAGUGACUCCCUCCACCAACUUCAUGUUGGAGUUAUGGGUUGACCGGCGGCUGCGCUGACAUCCAGCCGGAGGACAAUGACUGCGCCCGGCCUCGGCAUCCCUCUGCUGCCGGGCCAAGUGCUGGUGCUGAUGCUGCUGCUGCUGGCCGCCUGCGGGCCGCGGCCGUCCCAGGCUUGUCGGGGUCUGCUCGGCUGCAGCUGCACGGAGGAGCGCUCUAAGGCGCACGGAGCUCAGGUCCUUGGGCGCAGGGUGAGCUGCAGCAAGGAGGAGCUGACAGAACCUCCCGAUGCCAGCCUGCUGCCCAACAGAACCGUCACUCUAGUGCUGAGCCACAACAAAAUCCGAGUCCUAAAGAAUGGCUCCUUCUUUGGACUUAACGCCCUGGAGAAACUGGAUCUCAAGCACAACUUAAUCAGCACCAUCAUGCCUGGAGCCUUCCAAGGACUCUCUGAGCUCAGGAAACUUGACCUCUCCAACAACCGCAUUGGCUGCUUGACUUCAAACAUGUUCCAGGGUUUGACUAAUCUCACUAAACUGAUCCUCUCCGGAAACAUCAUAUCAACUUUGGAUCCAGCCGUGUUUCAGGAGUUACCGUCUCUCAAGCUAGUGAACUUCAACUCAGACUACCUGUCAUGUGACUGUGGGCUGCGCUGGGUCCCGGGCUUCUUCCGCAGCAGCUCAGCCCGACUCGGGGAUGAAACCCUGUGUGCUUAUCCAAAAACGCUGAGAGGAAAACCCCUUCGUGGACUAAGAGAAAGCCAGCUGAGCUGUGACGGUCCCCUGGAGCUGCACACCCUGACACUGCUGCCCUCUCAGCGGCAGGUGGUCUUCAAAGGCGAUCGGCUGCCGUUCCACUGCACCUCCGCCCUGGUGGACAAAGUCACCUCUCUGCACUGGCGUCACAAUGGUCAGCUGGUGACCUCUGACCCCGACAUGGGCGUCCAGUUGGAGAGCAACGUCCUGCACGACUGCACCUUUAUUACCAGUGAGCUUAUUCUAUUCAACGUACAUGUGGAGGCCAGUGGAGAGUGGGAGUGUGUGGUUACCACUGGGAGGGGCAACUCGUCUCGCACUGUUGAAAUAGUGGUGCUGGAGAACAGCGCCUCCUUCUGCCCAGAGGAUAAAGUUGUCAACAACCGGGGCGAGUUCAGAUGGCCAAGAACUCUGGCAGGCAUCACCUCCCAUCAGUACUGCCUGCAGCUGCGUUACCCCUCCAUGUCUGUAGAGGGCGGCAUGGAGCAGAAGAAAGCCUCUCGGGUAUGCGACCGCUUUGGAGAGUGGCAGGAAGGCAACUACACCAACUGUCACUACACUAACGACAUCACCCGUGUCCUGCACACCUUCAUCCUGAGGCCCAUCAAUACAUCGAAUGCUGUCACUUUGGCCCACCAAGUGCGCACGUACACUCUGGAGGCGGCAGGCUUCACUGACUCAGUGGAUGUGCUCUAUGUAGCACAAAUGAUGGAGAAGUUUAUGGAAUAUGUCAGACAGCUGCAAGAGUUGCCAGAGGUGUUGGUCGAGAUGGGGAGUAACCUGAUGCAAGUGGAUGAUCAGAUCCUGGCUAUGUCCCAGCGAGAGAAAAGAGCCUGCAGCUCCAUUGUGGGCUCUUUGGAGUCUCUGGCUUGGCCUAAACUGCACAGCCAUGCUCAGGAUUUCUCUAUGGUGUCAAAGAACAUUGUGAUGGAAGCACAUUUAAUCCGACCUGCCCACUUUACUGGCCUAACCUGCACUGCAUAUGAACGCCGAGAGCUCUCAGCAGCCGUGGUGGGGAUGGAAAUACCGGAGCCCACUCAUGAGCAACAGCUUCGUUUUCGCUGCAGCACCGGCUCCCAUAACACAUCUCUGAAAAAUUUCCCCCUCAAGAAUUCAGUAGCUGUGGCGUCUGUGACUCUCCCUGCUACUUUGUUUCCCUCCGAUGCGCCUACAGACUGUAAGCUGCAGUUUGUGGUCUUCCGAACUGGAAGCUUUUUCCCUCUAACUGGGAAUUCAAGCAACGCUGCGGCACAUUCCAGAAGACGCAGCGUUAACACUCCUGUCGUCUACGUAGGCCUUGAUGGCUGCAGAAUGUGGAACCACUCGGAGCCUAUCUGGGUGUCAGUGCGCCACUUGUCCCCGGGGAGCGAUGCAGUGGCGGCCCAGUGGAGCCAGAAGACGCUGGACAAACAUGGAGGCUGGAGCCAAGAGGGAUGCCAGCUGGUGCACAGUGACAGCAGCACCUCCACCAUGCGUUGUUCUCAGCUUGGCAACUAUGCUGUGUUGCAUGAGGUGCCAAAUUUCCCCAACGCUAGACCUGUUUCUGUCAGUGUGCUCCACCCUGUGGUGUAUGCCUGUACUGCAAUACUCCUCCUUUGCCUCUUCACCAUCAUCAUCACUCACAUACUACACCACAGUUCCAUUCACAUUUCAAGAAAAAGCUGGCACACAUUACUGAACACCUGCUUUCACAUCGCCAUGACAACAGCCAUCUACGCUGGAGGCAUAAGUUUGACCAGCUACCCGAUUGUUUGUCAAGCUGUGGGCAUCGCCUUGCACUAUUCCUCGCUGUCGACUUUGCUGUGGAUCGGGGUCAGUGCCAGGGUCAUCUACAAAGAAGCUAUGUGGAGAAUGCCGCGGCAACAGGAAGGGGAUCCCUCUGUUCCGCCUACUCAGCGACCUAUGCUCAGGUUCUAUUUAAUAGCUGGUGGAGUCCCUCUUAUUAUUUGUGGGAUCACGGCAGCUGUCAAUGUCAGCAACUACGGAGACAACAGCCCUUACUGCUGGCUAGUGUGGCGCCCAAGCCUGGGGGCUUUCUUUGUCCCGGCGAGCCUGGUGGUGUUGGUGACCUGGAUCUACUUCCUGUGCACUGUGUUCUGCCUAAGGCGUCGGGCAACCAAAGAAUGCACCGGAACCACUUUGCCCUCUCCUGUGACUGAGAGUCAGCCCGCACUGGCAGGGAGCAUCAGCCUCCGCUCUACGGAUUCGGUUCUGGGUCCUAUAAACACUAAUGUGGCUCUGGAGGACCAGUACCCACUGAAAACACAGUUUUUAGUACUGGUGGCCACCCACUUCCUGUUUUUGACCCUGUGGUGCUGCGGGGCCAUGGCAGUGUGGCUGACCGGGCACAGCAGCUUGUUGUUUAGUUCACUGUACGGAAUGGUCGCCAUAGCCUUAGGGGUGUUCCUGGUGGUGCACCACUGCUUCCGACGUGCGGAUGUGCAAGCUUCCUGGCUGCCCUGCUGCCCGGGUCAUGGCCACUCCCAUCCUGUGUCUACCUACGCCCACACCUGCACCACAGGAACCGGAGUACAAACCUCUGAGCAGGGGUCGCAACUGCUCAUCAGCUGCCACCCACCUGGUGACUCGCACAACUCCUCGUCUGCCAGGUCGUCGUCCACACCCAGUGGUAUCAGCAGUGUCGGACCUGGGCCCUGCAAGCUCACUAACCUGCUGCAGGUGGCGCAAGACACGCCGAGCAACACUUCGUGGGCCGCUGCCGCGAACAAUACCGGCACCAGCACCGACAAUGUCACCAAGCCAACAAACAGUACUCUUCCCGGCACAAACUCUGCAGUACAUCCUCAGAGAAGGAAAGUAAAUAGUAGGACUAAGCAAGGCAGUAGCCAGCAUCACCAUCGAGGUGAAGGCAGAGGUCACUAUUGCCUCAAAGCUCUAAGGACGGCGGGAGGUGGGGGCAGCCUCGGAGCUCUGGGUCCUCCAGGCUUGGAGCACCUCAGCUCAUCACAUGCGGUUCAUAAACAAGCCACCAGUGAGAACGGGAGCAUCCAUCACAGCCUCCCAGAGAGCCGUGCAGGCCCGCUGACGAACGGAAAGCGGGUGGGUGAGCCCGUGGCCACCAGCCCUUCAGAAGGCAGCGACGGGGGGAGCAGUGGCAGCCGCAAACCCUACCCUCUUCUUCCCUCCGUGGCCAGCAGGGCAGCCAUGAAUGGAGCCCAGAGACGAUGCAUCAGCAGGGACAAUCUGAAACUGGCAGCCGCUGCAGAGCGGGAUGCCAAGCGCUGCUCCUACCCUUUGAACAGCGUCACCACGACUGUGCCGGGGGCAGCAGCCUCAAACGGUACCCUGAAAAACUCCAUUCUCCAGCUAGAAAUUGAAGUUAGCGGCACAGAUCAAUCCCAAAGUUCUGUCGGAGUGAAGAACAGUUUAUGGAAGAGCGAAACCACAGUGUAAAUUGUACAUAGACGUCAGUUGUGAAUGUGUUCUAUUUUACAGUCUUUUAAAGGGGUCAUAUAACGCAAAACCAACUUUUCUUGCCUAUUGGUAGGUAGGUUUUUAUUGUCAUUGCACAAGUACAACAAAACUUUUUUUCCAGCACUAACCCGUUCAAGAUCAGACAAACAAACUGUACAAGGUUACAGAACAGGAACGCUGAUGGGUCGCCCCUUAAAAGAUGGGAAAUAGGUCAGUGCUGGGGAAGGAUGAGUAAAAAAAUACAAUCUCGAUCUUAGGAGCCCAGUCUGGCGGGGGAAAAAAACUCCACAGCGAAGCACAUACACAUAUUACAACAUACAUCUCGAGAUAUCAAGGAACAGAGGGGAAGGAGUGGAGUCACGGUGGCAGGCUGCAGAUCUUCAGGCGCUGCCUCCUAAGGGAUGGACGGAUACCGGUACCGGUUUACUGUGUAUUUGGGGUCGCCACAUUUCUGUAAAAUUGUAAUCCAAACUAUGGAGGAGUGGUGGAGAUUGUAAUAAAACACGUUUACCUCUUUCCUAACAAGCCGUUUGGAAUUUGAGACCAUUGUGAAAAAUUUUGCCUGAGGUUACAUCAGCGGAUAUCUCCAUAUGUGGUGCGGAUAUUUUUUGUCUCUCCUCUCGUUGUGAGGCAGACUCGCUCGUACAUGCACAUGCAUGCUAAAAUCCUGCGUUGUUGCCAUUUAUAAUAAAAAAAAUAGCGUGUGGUUCUAACUUAUAAGUGUCCGUAGACUUGAGGGCUAAAAACUACAACUGAGAACUACUUUGGCAAGUAAAAAAGACUCUUACAAAACAGUGCAUUCUGAAGGGAGUCAGAAAGUGACUUGAAAAUGGUCUAAAACAGUGGUUCUCAAACUUAUUUCACCAAGUACCUCCACAGAAAAAACUUGGUUCUCCAACCACAUCCAUGAAGACAAACAUUAAAAUACAGUAUUGUAGGCAGAGGUUUUAUUUAACAAGUUUUGACCACUGUAACAUUACACACAAUUUAAACAGUAACACUGUGUUUGGAAAAUAAAACAAAAUUCUAUUGAUUUUUUUUUUUUAAAUAAAACACUGCAACAAUUUAAUUACUACAUUUAGGAGCCUGUGCCAUAAUUUGAGAAUCACUGAUCUAAAAAAACUUAUGCAACAUUUUUACCAAAGCACCACCAUCACUUUGUUAUGUAGAACAAAAGGAAGUGCUUUAAAUGUAGGGGGAAAAAACCCAUAAUAUGACCCCUUUAAAUGAGACAAUUAGGUCAGAUAUUUCCACCGCUUAUUAUAAUUUAUAAACAAUUAAAGAUUCCAGAAAGCCACACUGGUACUUUUGUUUCAGUGGUAGAGAACUUGAUGUGAAAUUGUAAAAAGAAAAUCAGUCAAAUAGGUUUUUAAAAAAGAUAGGUGUUUAUUUUAUUCAGAUGACAGUAUUUCAAAAGUAUGCAAAUAUUGAUUUGUGAUUUGAGAUGUUUAAUGAGAGAUUUUUUUUCUAUGCAUUUCGGAAGACUGUUCAUUUCUAUAGCACAGCGUUAUGCAAUUACUUUGAUAUGUUUGCUUUAAGUAUUUUUUGCAUGAGCGUUUUGUUUGUGUGUGUGUGUGUGUGUGUUUGCGUACGUGCGUGUGGAUUUUGGCUGUACAUAAUGUCAAUUAAAACAAAGUUAUGUGGGACCUUUGAAUACAGGAUGCAAAAUAUAUAUUCUGUUUGUAUGUAAUCCUUUCAGCACUGAAACACAGUUUCUUGUAUCAAAAGAAAUCAUUAAAAAAUAUAAUAAAA